ACACAAUUCACAACCUCUCCAGCAGCUGUGAAGCGGCACAUCGUGUGGAUAUACGCACCGUCUGCCAGAGACAAAUGGCCAAAAUGUAAAGGACAAGCAGCAGUACACCGCUUCCUGAGAGUAGGUGUGCAUUGUAAAAAAAAAAAAAAAAGGUGCUGUCGCCUUAAAAACUAUGCAGAAUUACGCAGUUGUCAGCUCUAAAGUUUUACGCGCAAAGACUUGUGCGUAAAAGGAGACGAACAGGGCGGAAGUUUGAAUUGCUGGAUGAGAGGUUUUCUGGGCUGAGAUGAAUGCGUCAGUGAAUCUCACCAAAAGCUGACAGCUAAAGGAACCACCGAUUCAACGUUUACUCGCUGUUCUUCUUCAGUUUCCUGAAUGUGGUGACAGAGCGAAACGCUGCUGACUCCGGACAGCCUCUGCGCGCAGUUGGUCGCGUCUGCUGACUUUAUGUAAGAAGUAGGACAACGGCGCCCUACUUGCUCAGCCUUUCAUGCGUGGAGACGUUCUGCCGUCCAGCAUCCUGUUAUGACAGGGUUCGUUUAGAAAUAACGCUAAAGCUUUCGGGUGCCACGGCUCCAGCUGGAGCAACCGAGAAGUUUAGCCGUUUGCGUCCUGCUGUCCGCCUCCUGACGACAUGGACCACGGUGCGGAGCGCGCUGUGCCCGACGGCUGCCCCAACGGGGAGAGCAUCAACCUCAGCGUGCUCAACUGGGAGCAAGUGCAGCGCCUGGACACCAUCCUCACCGGCUCCAUCCCCAUCCACGGCCGCUGGAGCUUCCCGACGUUAGAGGUGAAGCCGCGGGACAUCGUGAAGGUGGUGCGGAGCCGCAUGGAGGAGAAGCGCAUCCACGUCCGGGAGGUGCGACUCAACGGAUCCGCGGCCAGCUACGUCCUGCACGAGGACAGCGGCCUGGGCUGGAAAGAUCUGGAUUUGAUAUUCUGCGCCGAGCUGAAAGGAGAGAUGGAGUUUCAGAUAGUGAAGGAGUUAGUUCUCGACUCUCUUCUUGACUUCUUGCCAGAGGGAGUAAAUAAAGAAAAGAUCACACCGGUGACUUUAAAGGAGGCCUACGUGCAGAAGAUGGUGAAGGUGUGUAAUGACUCCGAUCGCUGGAGUCUCAUCUCGCUCUCCAACAACCGCGGCAAGAACGUAGAGCUUAAGUUUGUGGACUCUCUGCGUAGGCAGUUUGAGUUCAGCGUGGAUUCUUUCCAGAUUCGACUGGACUCCCUUCUCCUCUUUUACGAGUGCUCAGAGCACCCCAUGGCAGCAACUUUCCACCCCACGAUCCUGGGGGAGAGCGUCUACGGCGACUUCCCCGCUGCCCUCGAUCACCUGCGCAAGCGCCUCAUUUGCACCAGGAGCCCCGAGGAGAUCCGGGGCGGGGGCCUGCUGAAGUACUGCCACCUGCUGGUGCGAGGUUUCCGGGCCGCGUCGGACGUGGAGAUGAAGCUGCUCCAGCGCUACAUGUGCUCGCGCUUCUUCAUAGACUUCCCCGACGUGAGUGAGCAGAGGAGGAAGCUGGAGUCCUACCUGCAGAACCACUUCGUGGGCCUGGAGGACAGGAAGUACGACUACCUGGCCACGCUGUAUGAGGUGGUGCAGGAGAGCACCGUGUGCCUGAUGGGACACGAGAGGCGGCAGACGCUCAGCCUCAUCUCCUCGCUGGCACUGCGCGUCCUGGCCGAGCAGAACGCCAUUCCCAACGCCGCCAACGUCACCUGCUUCUACCAGCCCGCUCCUUACGUGUCAGAUGGCAACUUCAGCAACUAUUACGUUGCUCAAGUCCAGCCCGUCUUCUCGUGUCCACCCUCGCCGCCUCAGCAGUACCUUCCCCCUUUUCAGCAUCCCAUGUAUGCCACCUGGCUGCCCUGUAACUAAUCUCUGUGCACACCCAUGCGCUUUCGCAUAACUCGUUAGGCUCGUAUCCUCACAAGAAGGAAGAAUGAUCAUGCUUUUUUUGGCUCCUUCCUUGACGUGAAAUGUUUCAGGAAAUGACAGAGAAAAGAGAGCUCAAAUUUCACAAGAAGAAUGAAAGAAUGGAAAUGAGGACAGGGCGAGUGGAUUGAGUCGGUCUGAGAUAUGAUAUUUCCUGGGUUCAGGGGCCACUGCAGGAGGAGCUGAGCGCAAAAGGGUGAAAGAGACUAGCAUUUCAGUUUGAUGGUUUGAGAAACUAAACCUCAACUUACACGGAUCAGAUAAGUUCUCCGCACGUUGUGAGUGACGGCUCAUGAGAACCUUUGACAUUUGACACAAUGAACUAAUGUUAUCUCCACAUCUUCCUCACAACCAAAUCAGACGUUAACAUACUGCCACGAGGAGUCGUGAAAGACCCCAAUGAUGUGGUGAAAAUGUUUGUGUGGAUUCAUGUGUGAGUAGAUUUCUUUUCACUGACAAUGCAAAAAGAGGAACUGGAUACUGUUUACAAAUUGAAAGAUCUUUCUUAACUCUGAAAAAAAAAAAAGAAACAACGCAACAAUGCAUGUUUUAUUUCUGUACGGAAAUAAUUUUAAGUGCCUAGAUUAAGCCCAAAGGGAAGAGCUUUGAUGGCAUUUCAUUAUCAUGAAGGGCCGUUGAGUCUCUUUUUAAGGUGAUUAUGAAUGUAUUUAGGGUCUGAACGUUUUCCAGUGCUAAGUUGGGUCUCAUACAUUUAGUGAGGUAACAGACCAGCUAGUAAUUUUUACAGUGUUUAGUGGAAGGCUCUGCUCUUAUCAGCAACUCUGCUGCACGAGUACACAUUCUGAUUACCAAAGAGGAAGUAACAAGUAAUCUCAUCUUCUGCAGAAAAGGGAAGGGGGUUUAGAUACAAAAAUUCUUAUCAGAGUAAAGAAAAAACUACUUGAGAGAGAAGACUCAAAGGUUUAGAGUAAAAUGCUUGUUGUAAAUGCAAAAUCCAUUUACAGUUCAGAAACCGAAAAAAACUAAAUGUCUCAAAAAGGCGAUCACAUUGAGGAAAGAAAAGCUAGAAAACAUUUUAAUUUUUAAAACUCCAUUUAAACAGUCGUAGUUCUGCACGUCUAUAAAGAUCAAUUUUAAAUGUAUAGCUCAAUGGUACUGAAAGGAACCCCAUGUUGUUGUCUUGAAAAUAAGAACUAACGUUUGCAUCUCACCAAAAGUGCCUUUGCACACCGAGUAUGUUUUGUCGUUUUCAUCCAAGUUCUAAGCGACUGAAUGUGAUGCAGUUUUAAUAUGCAUUCCUUCCAAAUAGUCUGAAUCUUAGGCAAUAGCAGUGAGGUUGACUUUACUCUCACUUCUUCAAAGUACAGCAGGAUAAGUCUGCCAAUAAGAGCAAGGAAACAUUACCCAGCUGAUACAAGCCGUGGAUUUAACACAGUGUUUCCACAUGUGGGGGUUGAUACCCACCAACCCCACAUAGUUUGUCACUGACGCUGGGGUUGGAGGGCACAAAAUAAACCUCAGAAAGUAUUUUACUAAUAUGUCUCUUAAAAAAAGAAGAAAAAAAGAAAUUUGAGCCUGUUACAGAAGCUACUGUUUUUAUCUUCAGACAACAAAUAUGGAUUUACGUGCAAAGGUCUUAGGUCUUUUCUUGAUGCCAAACAAAAGAGAUGAAUGCAGAGAAAGUGCAGCUGUUAAUCAGGGAAAACAUCCAAAUGCAAAGGGUCAUCAGUUUUAAAAAUUGCACUGAAAAGUUCAUUGUGAAUACUUAUUUCUUACACUUCUCACCAAUCAGUUUGACUAUUUUGACGUCAUAUUAUCAUUCAGCCAUCUAAAUUAAUUUUACUACACGCGUGACUGCCCAUGAAUGCAAAAAGAAUUAAGUUGUGGGAUGGUACUUUGUAGUCAUGAUUUUUGCAGCUCAGAGGUAUACAAGAAACCCCAGAAAUGAUCUAAUCUUACAUCCUGAUGCCUAUGAAAUCUACUCAUUCUGAUGAUAGCAUUUAAAUCCAUUCUCAAAUAAUGUAAAGUAAAUGUGUGCAUGAUGAUGAGCAGAAAAACACAUUUGAAUGAUAAUAACACAGGUAUGCAAUUAUUCUUGGUUGGUUUUUGUGAGUCUCAUGAGAACAACUGGUAUACGUUUUUUGCUUUAAACACCCUCUGCAGAUUCUCAAAAAACAUUUCAGAUCUCCUAUUUUUCUAUUUCUCAAUCUCUAUUUUUGUACAGUUUGUGUUGGGCCAACGUAGUAGGCAGAUUCCAGGCUGUGUGAGUAUUUACUGUGGCGUGUGAGAAUUUGUGUUUAUUUUUUGUUGGGUGAUGAAGAGCAGAGCAGCUGGACAGUGUGGUGAUAUUGAGGUUUUAAAGUGUUCGCUGUGUAUGUGCUCUGAUCUCUUGUCUGUGUAUUUCUUUUGCUCUGAUGAGAUUGUUCGAUUGUCCCUCAGUUUCACAUUCUUUACAUAAAAAGAAUGAUCUGAACAACUUGACAAUUAAAAAAGUCCCCAAAAAAUCAUCAUAAAA